AUGGCGGGGGUCUUAUCGGCGCUGAAGCGUGUCUACCUCACCGCCUACAACUGGACCGUCUUUGUCGGAUGGUGAGGUUCCCUCGAUCUGUGGUCUUCCCUCUGUUCCGAUGGCGCGGAGUGAUCCGUGACUAGUUCCUGUUGUUUUUCUCUCACUGUUAGAGUGAUUUUGUGGCGCCGUUGCAGGUUCCAGGUGCUGUAUUUCGCCUUGAAGACGCUCAAAGAGUCAGGUUACAGAGAUGUAUACGGAGCGGUGGAGAGGCCACUCCAGCUCGCGCAAACGGCGGCAGUCUUGGAGGUUAUUACUCGAUUGUUGCUUUGAGCUAUUUAUUUUCUGUUUUCACCUUCCAUAUUAAUUCGGAGUAUAAUCUUUCCUUUUUCUCUCUUUGCGCUUUCAGAUUCUACACGGCAUUGUUGGUGAGCGACUCCUCUCUCUCUCUCUCUCUCUCUCUCGCUCACUCAUUCAUUUACACACGUCGGGGCGAGCAGUGAGGUGGAUUUUUUUUACUUAUUACCUGUGUAUUUUUUGGUAUGCAAAGGUUUGGUCAGAUCUCCCAUAUCAGCGACCUUGCCGCAGAUCGGAUCGAGGCUGUACGUUACCUGGGGCAUCUUGUGGAGUUUUCCUGAGGUCUUGAUCCCUUUCACUUGUUAUGCUUGUAAGUUUGUAUCCAUUGUACCUCAAGUGCCGUAGUCAUUGCUCAGUGGAGGUUGUGAUACAAUCUGCAGGUGCGGACUCAUUUUCUUGUGUCUUCUCUGGUUAUCAGCUGGUCAAUUACCGAGGUAAGAUCAUAUUACGAUUUUUUUUUAAUUUGAAGCAUUAUGGUCUUAUUGUCUGUAUUUUGGGAAACUGUUUCAUUGACCCCAAGUCAUAUGUUGAUAGUGAAUGGUGGUUGCACUUAAAGGGCAUAAUAAUCAUCUUUUAGAAGAAAUUCACAUUUUUUAUACAUAAUACUGUUAUUAAUAUUUGUGGCGACGCACAUAUUUGGUGCAAUGAAUUAAGGUCGUCAUUUCUUUUUGUUGCUGAAAUUUUCUUAAGUGAAUCUCGGGAACUGUUUUGCCAUCCGAAUGCCAGCUGACCCUUGUUAUCGACACUUUUGAAGAGAAUUUCACUCAUUGAAGGGAAUCUGCUAUAAGUUUUGACAAAUAUUUAUACAUUAGUACGACCAGAUUGUUAUCACUAUAUGAUGUUUGUGAUCGUAUAUUUGUCAUUUGCAUAUUAUUCAUCCUUUUUUUUUCAAUGUUCUAAAACCCAUCUACCAUUGUCAUCCGCGUUCUCUAUUAUCCUCCAGCCUCUGAUUUCCUCCCCCGAUUUGUGUGAGACAAUUGACUUCCCCCGCCCCCCCAUUCCAACCCCACGCACACACUCUUCCCUUUCUUCCUUUCUGUUGUCUGAUGCCCCAUCGCAGCCCAUGACAGCCCCAGCUCUGCACAGAUGCUCGCAAUUCUUUACAGUCUUCGUGAUAUUUUAUUUGAGCAUGCGCCAUUUUCUUCAGAACUUAUCCUCCAUAUUCUAAACUGUCUUCUCGUGCUCAUGGAGAUUUUUCGGAAGAGUCGAGAACCAUCCCAGAACCUCACAAAAAAAAGCAAUAUGAAUCAUAUAUGGAACCCUUUAACCCUCCCUAAGCCGGCUUAAAAACGGGCCGUUCCCACAGAGGUACCUGUCUUGCGAAGAUUAUCAUGCAGUGGUAUGAAGGACCUGCUUAACUGUACUUUUGUGAGGCAUAGGCGAAUCUUAGUUUCCAUCAUGUGGUGGGGGGAGAGGAGGGGGGGGGAAGGCUCCACCACUACUACUAUGGAUUACAUAUCUAACUAAUUAAGGGCCUCUUAACAGUAGACACAAAUGGCCACGUCUCCUUUUCUGAACCAUUUUCUGACUACUUGCAGAUCAUCCGAUACUCCUUCUUUGGCUUGAAGGAGGCAUUUGGGUUCGCACCCUCCUGGCUCCAGUGGCUCAGGUAGCAUUCAACCGCUGCCAUCUCGUCCAUCUAAAUCCCUCCAGGGGAGAGCAGAACGCAGAAACCUACCAGAAACUGACAUUCCAUUCGUGUAGAUAUAGCACCUUCUUGUUCUUAUACCCCACGGGCAUCACCAGCGAGGUCGGCCUGAUAUACACUGCGCUUCCUUUCAUCAAGGUACCUGAACAUAACUCAUUAAUUCGCAUCCUCCUCUUUGCUGCCUUUUGUCGGAUCACUCUACAUAGGCGCUUGGCUUUAAUAUUCGUUCUUUCUCGUGGCUUUCUUUUUGGAAUAUUGCAUCGAGGUACCUGAAUAUAAUUCCUUCUUCGCCACCUUUUCUUGAGAAGUAUUCCUCCGUAACUGGCCGUGGGGUAUUUACCCACCCCACGCACCCAUCGUCAACUGGUCUCAACUUGGUUGACCCACCAUGAUAUGAGAACUCUAGGAUUCUUCGUCACGUGGCAUAAUGGGAAAAAGUAAAAAAAAAUGCCCUGUUACAUUAGAGAUAUGAUUCAAAACAGGGAUGCCUGGCCCAGUGACAGCAAAUUGGGAUCUAGAUAGUAAUUCUGGAAAUUUAUUGACUAAUAUAAUAUGGGCAAAAAAUGGCAGGCCUCCGAGAAGUACUCCAUAAGGAUGCCGAACAGGUUGAACUUCUCCUUCGACUACUUGUACGCCGCCAUCGCCGUCCUUGCAAUCUACAUUCCCGGUGCGUGCUGGGCUCUCUCUCUCCUUCUCUCUCAUCCAUCCCCCUUACUCGCCUUUGAUAAAUAGACCCAUCCACCGUGUUGUCUGAUUGACGACGUGGCACUCCAGGAAGCCCCCACAUGUACCGGUACAUGCUUGGGCAGAGGAGGAAGGUCCUCUCCAAGGCGAAGACGGCUUAG